CACCCCUCUAAAUGCCGAGAUAUAUUGUUAGGCCCUUCCAUCUACUCAAUCUUCCAACUGUUGUUAUUUCUGAAGUACUGAAUCACCUUAAAAACAUUGAUAUAUGCAUACUUCGCACUACAUCUCGGAAAAUUAGAACUAUCGGGAAAUUGUCUGCUAGACGCAAGCAAACCUAUCUAGUUGGCCAUAGGCGAUUAGAUCUUACCAUAAAUGCAAGAUUUGGCAAGUUUAAAGUUGAGAGCGGUGCACGAGAUGGAACUGUAGCAUUGUACGCUGGAUAUGAUAUUAAUCGAGUUUUGGAUAUAACGUCGGACUUUUUCGACUACCUUGAUAUAUACAUAUACCUUUAUAUAAUCGAUAAUCACAGUGAUAAAGAUGCUAAGAAAUUAGUUGAAGUUAUCGUAACAAAAGGUAUAUAUGUUCAUUAUUUGAGGUUUGACGGAGAACAAAUCUCACAUGAGCUUUUUCGAGAAAUGCUUAAAUGUGAUGUGAAUGAGUUGAGAAUUCAUCUAAGAACACAGCAUACGGUUGAAUUGUCCGAUAUUGAUUUGAUGGUCAGCUGUAAGUGUGUGGCACUGACCAGGAUUACUAUACCCAGUGAUUAUUUGAACGUGCUGCUCAAAAAAUGGCAGGCGAACCGGAACUUGACAUUUUUCUCGGCGUCAGGGAUGGCUUUAACUCUUGAUAAAUCUAUUAUUCUUGAAGGCACGAAUUCUGAACAAGGGUCUGAAGAAUACAACUUUUACAUAAAAUGCAACAAUAGGAAGACUGCUCUUUUGAAAAUUCUCCAUAAUAGUUUCCGGCUCGGAAAUGUAUACUGAAAGACCAUUCGUUGAAUAAUCAUAUUUUUCUGUAUUUCACUCAAUUUCAUGUCUAAUAAACGUAUAUUAAAGAU